UUCAUUUAAUCCCAUAAUAUGUGGAUAAACCGUAACCCUAUUCCGUCAACUGUUCUACCUCUAAUCAUAAACAUCAGUCUCUGUAUGGCAACUUGUUAUAAUGGAGAGUAUGAAAUUAAUGGCCAGUGCUGUCCAAUGUGUGAUGCAGGAAAGCGAGUUUAUUGGCAAUGUGAUGAGUUCACAAGGACAACAUGUAUACCAUGUACUGAAGACACUUACACAGACUCUUCUAAUGGAUUAAGAGAGUGUCUGCAGUGUUCUGUCUGUGAUUUAAAUAAUGGCCUGAGAGUAAAGAAAGCAUGUACAGUGACAUCAAAUACAGUGUGUGAGCCUUUGCCAGGUCAUUACUGUAUAAACUUAAAAUGGAAAAGUUGUUUAAAGGCUAAAAAGCAUUCAACCUGCUCACCUGGACAGUAUAUCAACCAGAACGGAACAGAAUUUCGAGAUACUGAGUGUGCACCCUGCCCUGUUGGUUCAUAUUCAGAUGGUACACUUUGCAAAUUACACACAAACUGUGAAUCUCAAAGGAAAAUAACAAUCAAACCAGGAACAGAAAAAGAUGACGCUGAGUGUAGUAAUGAUGGACAUUCUUAUAAACUACCUCUGAUUCUUUCAUUUUGUGGAGUGUGUGUGUUGGCUGUCAUCGUUGUAGUUAUUGUAAAGAAAAAAAGUCUUAUCGUCAAGCAGCUCAAGAUCUAAAAGUGUAUCUAUGUUAAGGCAAUUAACCAAAACCAUGUUAAAAAAAUCCAUUGACUUUUGAACAAUGAAACCAGAAGUGCAUAAAUACUAACUCACUUCUGGGUUUUGCCUACAAAAAUGUGUCAUCCCUGCGGCACUCUAUUCACAUCAGGUCUGUGUGAUCAUAUUAUCAGACCACCUACACUGGACGAGACGUACCCACUAUUAUGUUCCCUGAAGUCAGAAUCUCUGUAUUUUCUCAUGGUGUGUAAUUAAAGUUGUGAAAAAAUUGCCUAA